AUGUCCGCAUCACCACGCGAGAAGAUCAAGCGCCUCGCCGUGGCAUGCGUGCGACGCGGCUCGUUCAUCUCGCUCUGUCUCUACGUCCUCGGCCUCGUCGUCGCCUCGCUCGCGCCGUCGCUCGCGAGAGACGUCUACGUGGAUGAGAAUGCAUUCCUCGUAGGCUCCACGCACGCGACGUUUGACGACCUCGACGGCGCGCGCGCGGAUGAUUACGUCGAGACAUUGACUAAAAUCACGUUCGACGCCCGAUCGCGGGCGCGAACGACGCGUGAGCGCUUGGAAUGGGUUUUAAACGCCCUCGAUGAGCGCGGCUUUGAGAGUUACAAAUCAUGGCUCGACGGCGCUGGUGACUUGUUCAACGUCCACGGCGUCGCUCGCGCGGCGCGAGGGAACGGACGAGAAUCGAUGGCGUUGGUCACGGUCCUGGGUGACGGUGACGCUGACGCUGAGGCGGCGACGGUCGGAUUGGCGUUGCGCGCGUUUGAGAAGAUUGGUCGCGCUCCGUGGUUGGCGAAGGAUUUAAUGUGGGUCUGCGUCGAUGGCUCGCGAGGAGAGAUCGAUGGGACGAUGGCUUGGUUAAAGACGUAUUAUUCAUCUAGCGUUGGGGACUUGGGUGGGGGAUUUGAGCGCGCGGGGGCGAUACAGCAGGCGUUUGUGUUUCGCGCGGCGAACCGUGGCGCCGCGGCGUCGGCGGUGCGCGUCAAGUUGGAGGGUUGGAAUGGGGCAUAUCCGAAUCAAGACAUAUUUACGAUGUUUCGUAGCAUCGUGGAGACGUACCCUGUGAGCAUGAGAGUAAGCUUGGAGUCGGAUGUCGAGGUGCGAGAAGAUGAUCUUUCGCGCUGGAGUUUGAUGAAAUCGACGGCGCGCUUCAUGUGGCGCGCCGCCACGGGAAUUCCUUCGGGUGCGCACGCCGCGUUCAAGGCGCACUCAAUCGAUGCGAUUAGUUUCGAAGCGAUCGAACGUCAACAAGACGCUUACGUGCGAAGCGGUUUGCGAGCGUACGUCACUUUGGGACAGAUGCUUGAACUUACGUUUCGAGCGUGCAACAACUUGCUCGAGCUCUUGCAUCACAGUUGCUUUUAUUAUAUCUUGCUCGGUCCAAACAAGUUUCUUGGCAUAGCAGAGUACAUCGCGCCGCAAGCAAUUCUUCUCGUCAGUCUUUUACUCACCGCGUUGAAAAUGACGACGUUCGGGAUGGAAGAUACGUCGUCAACAAGCGAUGGCGAAACGCGAAUGUCACAUGAUUGGUUUGCGGCAAUAUCGAAACUUUCCUUGGCACUCGUGUUCGGUGCCAUCGUAGGUACGAGUUGCGUUUCAUUGCAUUUGAGGGAGCUAAAUCACGUGACGGUGACUUUGGGUACAGUCGCCGUCGCAUUCAUCGCUUUCAUUACCUUUUUACGCUUGACACUCGACGGCGAGGCGUCUCCGGUUCGCUCGACGACAAAGGUUUGCGACGUUACCAUCGUCCGACAAGAGCAGUGGGUCGGUGUGAAAGUGAUCAACAUCGCGUGGUUGCUAUUUACGAUGAGUGCGUGUACGUUUUUCAACUUCGCUCUCGCGUUUUUAACCACCGUGGCGUUAGCGCCCGCGUGCUUGCUCUGCGCGCCGAGCGGCGACGCCGCGAAACGAAACCGCGCAGUUGCGGUUCUCGGCGCGCUUCCGCCGACAUGGAUGUUCGUUCUCAGCCGUUUUGCUGGAUCACCGGUGUACGAGUCUUUCGGUCUGCUCGCCGAACACCACGUACGUUGGAAAACGUUCGCGUUGCCAGUCGUCUUUGGCAUCGCGUUCCCGGUGCUGUUAAUUUGUUUUGAUGUUGCGCGUUCUCCAGUGAAAUCGAAAACAAAAAAGGCUUAG